UGCAUACCUUGUUUCCUUUCCUUUUAUAAAUCCAUCAAACCUCAUCUUUGCAUUCCUGGCAACAAGUCAUCACUCAUCCCCCUAGCCAGGACUGGCGAUAGGAGUUAUGGCAAUUCAUCCAUGCUUUCCACUUCUCCUAAUGCACGCUGUUCUGGCUCUUCGUGCAUUCUCUUCUCCAUCCCCGGUUCAGGAUCCUGAGCUAGUUGUACAAGAAGUGAAUGAGAGCAUCCUCAACGCAUCGAGACGGAACCUCGGCUUCCUUUCCUGCGGGACGGGCAACCCGAUCGACGACUGCUGGCGUUGCGACCCCGACUGGGAGAACAACCGGCGGCGGCUUGCUGACUGCGCCAUCGGGUUCGGCAAGCAUGCCAUCGGGGGCCGGGACGGCAAGAUCUACAUGGUCACGGACCCAGGCGGCGACGACCCCAUGGACCCCAAGCCCGGUACGCUGAGGCACGCUGUGAUCCAGGACGAGCCCCUGUGGAUCGUGUUCGCCCGGGACAUGGUGAUAAGGCUAAAAGAAGAGCUGAUCGUGAACUCGUUCAAGACCAUUGACGGCCGGGGCGCGAGCGUGCACCUCGCGGGCGGGCCAUGCAUCACCAUGCAGUACGUGACCAACAUCAUCAUCCACGGCAUCAACAUACACGACUGCAAGCCGGGAGGGAACGCGUACGUGAGGGACUCGCCCGAUCACUACGGGUGGAGGACCGUGUCGGACGGCGACGGGGUGUCCGUGUUCGGAGGGAGCCACAUCUGGGUGGACCACUGCUCCCUCUCCAAUUGCCACGACGGGCUGAUCGACGCCAUCCAUGGAUCCACGGCCAUCACACUCUCCAACAACUACUUCACUCACCACAACAAGGUGAUGCUCUUAGGGCACAGCGACACUUCCACCCACGACAAGAACAUGCAAGUGACCAUUGCUUUCAACCACUUUGGGGAGGGGCUUGUCCAAAGGAUGCCCAGAUGUAGACAUGGGUAUUUCCAUGUGGUGAACAAUGAUUAUACCCACUGGGAAAUGUACGCAAUUGGUGGCAGUGCGGCACCCACAAUCAAUAGCCAGGGCAACAGGUUCGUUGCUCCGAACGACGUCUUUAACAAGGAGGUGACUAAGCACGAGGAUGCGCCGCAGAGCGAGUGGAAGCACUGGAACUGGAGGUCCGAGGGGGAUCUGAUGAUGAACGGGGCUUUCUUCACGCCCUCGGGAGCCGGCGCGUCGUCGAGCUACGCGAGAGCCUCGAGCCUCGGCGCGAGGCCGUCGUCUCGGGUGGGCCCCAUCACGGCGAGCGCGGGCGCGCUCGGCUGCAAGAAGGGAAAGCGUUGUUGAUCAGUCAAUCCAUAGAGGGACCGGUGAUUACUCUAGACCGGACCUAUGUUUUCUCUUAUGUGGAGGGAAUUCAGGUUGCAUAUUCAAGACUAAAUGCACCAGACACACUGAACAUAUCGUGAACAUUAGUGGGAGAAUGUUUAGUAGAUCAAAUGGGCGCAUUCCAAUCAAUCAAAUCAGCCUAUCGGACCCGAACAAUUUCCUCGCUCAGACCGGCUCGUUUCAAUAAGAAAGAGAUUUGAAUCCUCUUCA